AUGUCAUUCCAGGAUCGCGCUUCCCGCUAUGGGGCUGAUGUGCCCACUCUCGAGAGAUUGUUUCCAGGUCCCUGGCCGGCCGAGCAAAACCGGCUCUUUCGCCUUGUCAAAAACCCCGAGGCGAUCAAGCAAGCCGCCCUCGACGGAAUCGCUGUUGACCGUCCCAACGAGACUUUUCGUCACUACUUUUCCCCUGACCUCGGGGAGACUCGAGCCGAGAUCGCUGGCUUUGGAAUCAGCAUCUCCACCUACUGGCGGGGACAGCAGCACCUCGCUUGCCCGGUGACGCUGGUCAGAGCAAGGACCGGCACGCGCGCGAUGAUUCCAAUCGCUGCGCUCUUGUCGGACGAUGAUCCAAAGCAUCUCGAGCCUUUUCUCCGAGCCGUCUCUCGUCGCCUCCCCCUCCCCGUCACCAGAGUCACCAUCUCCCCCUGUUCCAACCUCCUCAACGUCGUCAAAAAGCUCUUUCCCCGCGCCCACAUCUCGGUCCCUUACGAGGUCGUGAUACGCGAAGCGGCUCUUCACUGCGACGCGUCCGUCAAGGAGCUCGAGAGUCGCGUCAUUUACGUUGCCGCUGGAAGGGAGGACGAGGCGCUGGGGAUUGGCGGGUUGAUGGAGUGGAAAGAGUUGUGGACUAAGGGGAUCACGACUAUGUGGGGAGUGGGGGACUAUGCGAGGGCGGACAAGACGUUCGCCGAGCUUCUGGAGGGCAGCAGACCAGCCGAGCUGUGCGUCCUUCUCGAUCAAUGGGUUCGAAACGUCUCUCCUGUCGACUGGCAAAACGCUCUCAAGCAGUGGCGAGACGGGGAAGAGGUGUUUGGUGAUCAUCGGCGGUAUUUGGCGAUCGAGGUCAGAGGGGAAGAGAUGGGCCUGGAGGAGGACACCACCUCGCGGGCGAUGCUCAGGGUGACCGCAGCCUCCCAAUGA